AUGGGAGUAAUUGGAAAAGUAGUUCACUUCGGUGCAGAUCUGGCCCUCCUGUCAGGGUUCUUGGCUGGAGUUCACAGAUCAACGGGUUUAACUCCAAAUAUUGAGAAAAUUGGUAAUAAAGAUGCUGAAGGUCUCGUCAAAAGGUACUUGGAUGCCGGAGAAUGGGCUUUCGACUCUAGCGUCGCUUACUUUGGAGCCUCUGACUGGUUCAAGAGAAACUGA